AUGGCAGACACUUGCAAAGCCGUCACUACCCUAAAGACAUACUGGAGCUUUUGCCCCUCCUUAGGAGCUGCAAUUGCAUUUCUAGUCUUUUUCUUCUUGACCUUUGUGGCCCAUGUGACUCAGGGGAUCUACUAUCGAAAGGCGUACACUUGGGUGAUCUCAAUGUCAGCUCUCUGGCAGUCUAUCACCUACAUCCUCCGAAUCAUCAGCAUCAAGAACCCAUCUAGCUUGGGCGAGUACGCCGGCUGGUUCGUUUUAAUCUUGAUAUCGCCGCUCUGGACAAAUGCGUUCGUCUACAUGGUCUUUGGCCGGAUGGUCUGGAAUUACACCCCCGACGCUACUCUGUGGCGUGUUCCUGCGUGGAGAUUUGGGUACUGCUUUGUUAUUUUGGACAUAGUAGCAUUCAUCAUCCAAGUCUACGGCGCCGCUUCAGCAGAAACCAGCGGUAACACCAUCGCACAGAUACUGCGAGGUAUACAUAUAUACAUGGGCGGCGUCGCGAUCCAGCAAGCCUUCAUCUUCUGUUUCUGCGCUUUCGCAUAUAAAUUCUGGCGAAAACUGCUCGAACAGAAAAAGACCGUCAACGACCAGAACCCUGUAUCUCCGGAUCUCAGCCUCCAGUCAGGAUUCACACUCCUUUACGCCUUGAUAGCCGCGUUAAUCCUCAUCUCACUACGAAUCUUCUUCCGUCUCGCCGAAUACUCCAACGGUCUGCAAUCCACGAUCCCGAACCAUGAGGCGUUUCAGUAUUGUCUCGACUCGUUACCGAUGUUACUCGCCUUGAUUAUUCUGAAUAUCGUUCAUCCAGGCGCUAUUAUGAGAGGUCCAAUGUGUGAGAUUCCGUCUCGGAAGAGGAGGAGGGUGGAGGGAGUUAGGUGUAAAGGGGAUGUUCGACGCUGUGUCUCUCUGGAACUACAUGCAAUCUGUGAUUUGUAG